CCUUCGGCAUUAAAACAAACACCUUAAACACAAUUCGCUAAACCCACGUUCCUUGUCUCUUCUUCUUCAGUCAAUGUUCCAUCUUCACUGAGUUUUUACACAUCAUCAUCAAUGGCGGACGAAGUCAUUCUCUUGGACUUCUGGGUUAGCCCUUUUGCGACGAGGGUGAAAAUAGCCUUGGCUGAGAAAGGGGUAGAGUAUGAGUCCAGAGAAGAGGACCAGAGCAACAAGAGUCCACUGCUCCUCAAGAUGAACCCUGUUCAUAAGCAAGUCCCAGUGUUGAUCCACAACGGCAAACCGGUGUGCGAGUCACUCAUCAUUGUUCAGUACAUCGAUGAAGUAUGGAACCACAAAUCUCCAUUGUUGCCUUGUGAUCCUCACCAGCGAGCUCAAGCCAGGUUCUGGGCUGAUUUUGUUGACAAGAAGAUAUGUAGUGUUUCGAAGUUGAUGUGGUCAUCCACAGGUGAAGCCCAAGAAGCAGCAAAGAAUGACCUCAUUGGGUGCUUGAAGCUGUUGGAAGGAGAGCUUGGAGACGAGCCUUAUUUUGGGGGUGACACCUUUGGCUUUGUGGAUGUGGCACUGAUCCCAUUUUACAACGCUUUCUAUACAAUUGAGCAGCUUGGCAACUUCAGGAUUGUGGCAGAGUGCCCUAAACUUGUUGCUUGGGGUCAUAGGUGUAUGGAAAAGGAGAGUGUGUCCAAGUCACUUCCUGACCAACACAAGCUCUAUGACUUCUUAUUGGGGAGCAAAAAGAAACUUGAGGCUAAGUAGAUCUGUAGAAGAGUGUUUAGGCCAAGUUUGGCAAUCCAAAAAUAAUCUGUCUUUUUAUAUUUUUAUUUUUUUUUUAUCAUAUCAUUUUUUUAUUUUUCUGCACAUCUUUUUAUAAAAAGACAAAAAAUAUACAUAACAGCCCCUAAUUGGAGUGUUAUGACAUAGUGUUUGCAUUCUUCUCUUUUGUCUAUAUUGGGACCCUUUUUCUUUUUACAACA